AUGCCACCCCACCCCGCCGGCGCAACAGACCUCGACAUCCUCAACGAGCCCGACUGGACCCAAACCCACAGCCACCGCGUGGGGCUGCGCAACCGCGACCAGCGCUUCCCGGGGCUGACACAUGAGAGCGAUGACUGGCGCUACGAGCUGGAGAAGGAGGCCGAGCAGCACGCGGCGGAGCUGCGCGCGAAGGCGCAGCGGGGGGAGUUGUUGACCGUGCGGGAUUUUCUGGAGAAGCAAGAGGAUUUCCAUCUAAGGCGGCCGGACGUGCAUCCCGAGCAUUGGCGGUAUGUGCUGCAUACGACCGAGGAGUAUAUCAAGGAUGAGCAGCCGUGGUUGAUCAACGAACAGAAGAGGGAGCAGGACGCGCGACGGCGGAGCGAGGAUGGAGCGCAGCAGCAGGACGGGUCUGGUGGCUCUGCGAAGAAGAAUGGGGAAACUGGACGGGAGGGGGGGCCGGAUCAGGGCGGGACGGGGCAGGAUGGCGCAGACGUGCAGGCUGCGUAUAGCCCUGAGCAGCAGGCGCUGUUGCAGGAUCUGAAGCGCGAAGCGGAGGACAUGCGUACGCUGCUAUCGAACGACGGCAAGGGCCGUUCGCCGGUGGACUGCUCCUUCAUCCCCGCGGAAAUCGACGAGACCGAUCAAUACACCCCGGACAACUGGGUUCCUCGAACCGACCAUUUGGUCCGGCUGACGGGGAAACAUCCGUUGAACGGGGAGCCCCCGCUGGCCGAGCUGCUCGACGCAGGGCUAACCACACCGAACUGGCUGCAUUUCGUGCGCAACCAUGGCCCCGUGCCGCAUCUGCUCUGGGAGAACCACAAGCUGGAGAUUUCUGCGGGGAGAUCGCUGACUCUGCUGAUGGAUGACCUGAAGGACCAGUUCGAGAGCGUCAACAUCCCUGCUGUACUGGCGUGCGACGGGAAUCGCAGGAAGGAGCUCAAUUUGAUCAAGCGGAGCAAAGGCUUCAACUGGGGUCCUGGUGCCGUGGGCUGUGCUUAUUGGAAGGGCGUCCCUGUUCGAGAUGUCCUGCUCAAGGCGGAUAUCCUGCAGUUGAUGGACGAGUACCGGGACGUGCGGCUGUGGGUGAACUUCGGAGGCUCCGAGGAGCUCAGCGAGGGGAUGUAUGAGACAUCCAUUCCUCUGGACUACUGCAUGGAUCCGUGCAACGAUGUGAUUCUCGCCUACGAGAUGAACGACUCCCCACUCCCACCGGACCAUGGCUAUCCGUUGAGGCUGCUUAUUCCGGGGUACGUCGGCGGACGCUCGGUGAAGUGGCUGGAAAACAUCUGGGUGACGGACCGCGAGAACGACAGUUACUACCACAUCUUCGACAACAGGGUUGUCCCGCCGUUUGUGGUGGAUCGAUUUGAUGAGAUGGGGCAAACCAUGUAUCGGCAUCCGAGUACUGCCUGCAUGGAGCAGAUGCUGAACUCGGUCAUCGCGAGGCCAGCCCAAGGGGAGAGAAUAGAUCUCGCAGAGAUGAUAAAGGGCAGAAAGUAUCGGAUCACAGGCUAUGCGUAUAACGGAGGCGGGAACGAGGUGCAACGCGUGGAAGUGAGCCUUGAUGGGGGGCUCAACUGGCUUUACUGCAUUCGCAAGUAUCCCGAGACACCGCUGCGGCACGGUAAGAAGUUCUGGACCUGGCUGCACUGGCAUGUAGACAUCGAUAUCACGCAGCUUCUUCGUGCGGAGAACAUUAUGGUACGUUGCUGGGACGUUAACAAGAACACGCAGCCGGAAAAGCCAACGUGGAAUCUCGAGGGGAUGAUGAAUAACUGCCAAUACACCGUCAAAUCUGAGAUCUCCGUGGAUGAGGAGACCAAAAAGUCGUACCUGCUUUUCCGUCACCCAGCCGAGCCAGGUGCUGGUGAGAAUGGCUGGAUGAAGCCGUCCAUCAGCAUCCAGAAGGAAGAUAUCAGACGAUCAGCAGCAGUUCCCGAGAAACAGUUCACUCGAGAGGAGAUCGAAAAGCAUGCCUCGGACCACGAUUGCUGGAUCGUCGUCAACGACAAGGUGUAUAAUGCAACGAGUGUGUUGAGCUGGCAUCCUGGCGGUAAAGGGGUCAUCAUGGCCCAUGCUGGUAGGGUUCAUCAGGAGACCACCGACGAGUUCGAAAGCAUACAUGAUGACUAUGCUGUUCAGAAGCUAGGAGAGUGCCUACUGGGCUCGGUCACCAAGAAAGCACAGGAGUUUAUGAAAAAGGAAGCCGAGGAGAUGGCGAAGGAGAAAGCCGAAUCAGCGGCGCGCAAAGAUGAGAUCGCCCUGAAGCGGCACAAGUAUGCAGUCCCUUUCUCCUGGAGGACUUAUCUACGUUCUAUUGACUUCAGACGACGUAGAUGGAGCCAGGUCAAAUUCCUUCACAAAAGACCAUUAUCAGAAGACACAAAAUGCUAUACCUUCGCUCUCCCGUCGAAAGACAAAAAACUAGGCUUGGAGACCGGCCAGCAUCUCCAGAUCGGAUUCCACUUCAAGGACCGGCUGGUCAUUCGGCCCUACACCCCUGUCCGGCCGAUACUAGCAACCGAGGAAGACGGCACGUUCGAUCUCGUGGUGAAGACGUAUUUCCCCAGCGCCGUUGGGCCCGGUGGUACCAUGAGCAACAUCCUCGACUGCCUGCAGAAAGGCGAGGAGAUUGAAGUCAAAGGCCCCACUGGCGAGAUCCGAUACCGCGGGAACGGCCAAUUCCUCAUCGACGACAAGACGUGUCAGUUCCAGAAGAUCACGCUGAUCCUGGGAGGAUCGGGCAUCACGCCGGGAUACCAGCUCAUUGCGCGGAUCCUGAAGUCCGAGCCCGGGAACGGAGUCAAGAUUAGGGCCAUUGAUGCCAACAAGACGGAGAAUGAUAUUCUCAUGCAUGGAGAGCUGGACAAGUUCGCGCUGGACCACCCCGAUCAAUUCGAGAUCACUCAUGUGCUGUCCCAUCCAGGGGAUAGCUGGAAAGGACAGAAGGGACAUGUGAACGAGGAGAUUAUCCACAGAUACGCCUUCGAGCCAGGAGACAAGAACGUGGCUCUGCUGUGUGGUCCCCCUGCCAUGAUUAAGACCGCAGUCUUGCCGGUUUUGAAGAAGUGGGGAUAUGACGAGGAUAAGAACCUUUUUGGAUUCUAG